AUGUCGUUUGCCCUCACUGCUCAUGCUUGCUCUUCCAUCCCCGCGCAUGCCCUCGGCAGCCCCUCCCGUUCGGCCAAGCGCAAGACUUUCGAUGAUCACUCGGAGGGUGUGAAACGAUUCCAGAGCGAGCGAUGUGGAAUCCAGUUCACGCGAGCCAUCGCUGCUCCGUCGUCGGCCUUUGCCCAUGUACCUCCGGCGCACUCAUCCACCCAGCCCGACGACGUCGAUAUGCACUGUGUCUCUACCGGUGAUGCAGGCAGCUAUGAUAUGCCAGUCGGCUUUGGCCAGACGGUGGCUCCAUGGGGCGCAAGUCAAUACAGCAUGCCUUUUGUGGCCGUAUCCCCGCCUGGACAGGUGGUGAGGGCUGCCCGCUGCGAAAAGUGUCUGCAGGGCAUGGGCGGUCACUUCAGUCACAGCCGGUGA